CCACCAGUGCGCCAUGCCAAGGUUCAGGCAAGUCUAUGGGGGUACAAACACUUCCUGCUCGUGUGGAAACAGCAAUGGACGGGGGAAGAAGCAGCUGAAUUGAUUCGGUCCUUCACCCUUUCGUCUUCAUGAAAACAAGAUGAAAAAGUUAUUUCUGCUGCUUCUUUUCUGUCACGUUUCAUCACCAGUGAAACACUCCCUGAAGUAUUUUCUCACUGCUUCUUCUGGAAUCCCAAACUUCCCUGAUGUUUUGGGUGCUGCUCUGGUUGAUGAUAUUCAGGCUGGUUACUGCGACACCGACACAAAAAUAGUAGAAGCAAAACAGGACUGGAUGAAAACAUAUUUCGAUAACGACCCUCAGCACCUGGAUUGGUACACUGGAGAGUGUUUUGAGAUUCUGCCCAAGUUCUUCAAAGCCAGGAUUCAAAGUUUGAAGCAGCGUUUGAACCAAAGUGAAGGUGUCCACAUUUUACAAAGGACAAGUGGUUGUGAAUUGGAUGAAAAGACUGGAAAGGUUAUUGGUAUUAUGCAGUUUGGUUAUGAUGGAGAAGACUUCAUAUCAUUGGACCUGAAGACGCUGACAUGGAUCGCUCCGAAACCACAGGCCUUCGUCACCAAACACAGAUGGGACGCUGAUAAAGGGAGAAUAAAACGCAUUGAGAACUUCUGCACUCAGAUUUGUCCUGAGUGGCUGAAGAAGUAUUUGGCGUAUGGGAAGAGCUCCCUGCUGAGAAAAGAGCUUCCCUCCGUGUCUCUCCUCCAGAAGACCCCCUCCUCUCCAGUCAGCUGCCACGCUACAGGUUUCUACCCUGACAGGGCCGUGAUGUUCUGGAGGAAAGGUGGAGAGAAGCUUCAUGAGGACGUGGACCAAGGAGAGAUCCUCCCCAACCAUGAUGGGACCUUCCAGAUGAGCGUUGACCUGAACAUUUCACUGGUCCCUCCUGAAGACUGGAAGAGUUACGAAUGUGUCUUUCACUUCUCCGGUGUUGAGAACUACACCAUCACCACACUGGACAAAGCAGUGAUCAGGACCAACUGGGAGAAGCCCAGUAUCAUAACCCCAUCCAUCAUCGCUGCAGUGGUUGUUGUCGCUCUUGUUGUCACAGCUGUCACUGGAUUCUUGGUGUACAAAAAGAAGAAAGCUAAACGCCCUCCAUCUUCUCUUGACACCGGCUCUGAGCUCUCUGAGAAACUGAAUGUAGAAACCUGAGCGACAGACACACUCAACGAGAUGGAAAAAGUCAGCACUUAAACAUGUGUCGCAUCACAGCUCAAAGACUCUAAAAGAUGGUUUCCUGCAAAAAAAAUUGAAAAAGUGAAAUGAAGAAAAAGAACAAACUUGCUUGAAUAGUAAAUGUUAAAGUAGUUUAAUUUCACAGUAUAAAUGUAUAAUUUAUACUUUGACAAAUUUUAAAACGUUUAGAUUUUUGCAUGACUAUAUUUUAUUUGAUCAAUUUUGACAUCGAUGCAAUAAUGUGUUUUGAAUGAUAAUUUAUGGUUUUACAAUAACUCCAUGAACUACAGGUUUUUGUAAACAUGUACACACUGAACAUGUAGCGUUAGCUCAGAGUUACAGAAUGGUGUUGCCUGUCGGAGCGCUCAGCAGAUUCAUGAAAACACAGACUGACACCCACCGCAGGGCCUAGUGAUAGAUCAAACAAGACUGGGUGAAGACUGGCCGGAGUGUGUAUGUUGAACGACAGUUGAAAACUGUCUUGGAAACAACU